AUGUCUAGCACCCUUGUGGCGCAGGCAGGCGUGCAGCUCUCGUCUGCGCCUGAUAGCGACAACGAACUCAAUCGGGACGGAGCAGUUCGUGCAGGGCGGAAGAGGAAGACCUCUGAAGAAUCGCCGGCGAACAAAGCCAAUGCGCCGCGCCAGAAGAUCACAAGAGCUUGCGAUAGCUGCAAGGAAAAGAAGACCCGCUGCACAGGAACUCUGCCAUGCGGGAGAUGUACAAGGCUGUCGCUCGCCUGCGAGUAUAACGCGGCCUAUUCUCGAGGCUUGCCUCCACAGCCGCCCCCGGCGCCUGCAUCGGUCGCGGCUAGAUAUUCCAGAAACCGCUCGGCUUCCCGGGUCUCGAUUUCGCAGAGUCCCGUUUCCCUGAGAUCGCCUCCCGCGAGGGAGUCAUCUAGAACUACAAGGACUCCGCGCUCGCAAAUCUCACAAACAUCCGUGGAGGUAUCACCGCGGCGCAAUUCUCCAGAUCCGGUAGCUACUGAUUUCGAGGGUAACUAUCUCGGCCCAGCCUCGGGUGUGUCGUUUUUGAACCGUGUCUGGCGGCGUUUGCACCAGGAUGAGACAAGUGCUGUUCCCGAUGAGUUGCAGAGCGAAUGGUGCCCUAAGAACACUUCAGUAUUUAUGUUCGGUGAUAAACCAUAUACAGACUAUCGCAAUGCUGGCUUCACCCUUCCCGCAUUUGACAAAGCCCUAGAGUUGGUGGGCAGGUACUUUGAUUAUGCGAUGGUCACGUAUCGCUUUCUUCAUCGAGGAAGUGUCGAGGAAUGGCUUAGACAGGUUUACAGCCAUAAUAUAUCCUCGUCGAACUUGCCUACAGGGCCUUUGGUUGCUCGAACUUCCAUAAUUCUCAUGAUAUUUGCUGGGGAUCAGGCAGAGUCUUCAAGUGAAAGUGAAAAGUGGUAUGCCGCAUCGAAACAGAUGCUCACAAUGGAACUCGGACCUCCGCGUCUCGAGACCGUUCAAGCACGACUGGGUCAGUGUCUUUACCUUCUUUCAUCCUCACGGGCCAACGAAUGCUGGUAUACAUUUGGAACCGCCGUGCAAUUGGUCACGGCCAUUGGCUUGCAUCGACGGUGUGCACCUAAACUGUCCAAGAAGGGAAUCUCGUAUCUAGAGAGAGAGCUCCGCAAGCGAAUCUUGUGGAGCGCCUAUACGCUAGACAAAUAUCUCAACGUUAUAUUUGGCCGGCCUCGGUUAUUGCACGAUGUAGAUAUUGAUCAGGAACUUCCCGAUGAGGUGAACGAUGAAGAUAUCUUACAAGAUGACCCGGCUCUGCGUUUAGGCACGGCAGAUUCGAUGAUGAUCGCAUCGGUCCUACACUUUAGACUCGGGCGCAUACUGGGCGAGAUCUCGCGUGAGUUUUACACUGUUAAUCCUAUUUUCCGCCAGUCACCUCUUGAAGCCGCUGUACGGAUUACAUCGGAACUUGAAAAAUGGAAAGAAACGACGCCGCCAUUGUUUAACAGUGUCCGCCCAACCAGUCUCAUCCCGCCCUUGUGCAGGCAAAGCCAAGUCCUUCAGCUCGCCUAUUGUCAUGCUAUGAUCCAUGCAACUAGGUCUUUCUUGUUGAACGAUUUCACCGAUCUCAGCCGUCGACCAGCAGCUCCACAUCCGACAGUGACGGCCCAUGUAAGUAAAUGUCUCGAGGCCGCCGAGCAUGUCAUGAACUUGGUAGACAGCAUAGCAAAGCAAGGAACCCUAAUACAGUCGUUUUGGUUCACCCAUCACCACCGACUGUCGUCGACUUUGGAAUCUGAUGAGAUGGACAAGAACCGCGUACGGUCUCUUUUCAGCCUCGCGGAACAAUGCCAGCAGCAUUUGGCAGAAGCCACGCGGAAGAACUGCCCUAGUCGCCGGUACGGUAUCAUCCUUGAGGAAACAAGAUUAGAGGUACACAAGCAACUUGGCUGCCAAUUCAGCGAAGGUGCCCUUGGGAAUGUCCCUGAGCAUUCCCGCGAUGCCACAGCCCAGGAUCGAGAGUCCGUUGUCAACCAAAGGCUCGUAGAUCCCGCUGAUACAAACAACACUGUUCCCUUCGAUUCGAACUCGUUCGGGUAUGAUGGGAAUUUCCAGCCAUCGACUUUUGUAGAUGAGCCGUUCGAUAUGGGUGACGUUGGGUUUUUAGAUAACCUUGAAGGGUCGAUUUGGUGGACCCAGUUGGACACUUGGGUUAGUAUUGCCAUAUCUCUUUCUUAUGUGCGCUUUUGGGCUUUUUUCAUACUGAUCAUGUUGUCUACACUUCUCCCCACCGCACCAACAACCCACAUCGACAAACUCCCGCACGACAAAGAGGAAUUACCAGCACCACAGCCUGAGCCUCCGACAGUCGAUGCACUUGUCCGUCAGCGCGCAUCGCUAGGUUCGUCGCAGCCUGCCGUUUACUAUCCGCGCACUGGCAUCGAAUACUCCAAAUUUCCACUACACCAACUCGAUGUCUACGCCUUCCGCGUUGCGAAGAAACUAUCAGGGGUAAUUGCGCCUCGGAAGUCGUCUUCUGAUACGCCUACAGUCGUCGGACUGCUAGGGCCUUCCGACCUGAAUUAUCUCGUUUUACUUCUCGCUCUGACCAAGCUUGGUCAUACCGGCUUGUUCCUCUCCACCAGGAUACCUGUCGAGGCACAUGUGUCUUUGGUGGAAAGGACCAAUGCACAGCAUAUCUUCGUGCACAGUUCUCUGAAAGAUACGGCAAGAAAAGUCCAGGAGCAAGCUCCCAGCCUACAGAUCCACGAUAUACCGGGAGAGGAAAACUACGAUUAUCCAGUCUCAGAUGAUCCCGUCGACACAAACCUACUCCCUCAUCUUGACCCCGAGGUCGAGAAAACACAUGUAGCAUGGAUAAUCCACUCAAGCGGAUCAACGGGACUUCCUAAGCCUAUUUUCCAAACACAUCGAGCAGCCAUCAAAAACUAUGCCGGGAAUAUGAACAUGCGGGGCUUCAUCACCCUGCCCUUGUAUCACAGCCAUGGCAUCUGCUGUACGUUCCGGACAAUUUAUUCCUGCAAGACUCUUCACCUGUACAACCCCUCUCUACCUCUUACCAGCCAAUAUUUGGUCAAAAUCAUGCGGUCUCACGAUUUCGAGAUUUUCUACGGUGUCCCUUAUGCACUCAAGCUGCUUGCCGAAUCAAAGGAAGGAAUUGCCGCCCUUGCUAAUCUCAAGGCUGUUAUGUUCGGUGGAUCGUCUUGUCCGGACUCACUGGGGAAUUUAUUAGUCGAAAAUGGUGUCUAUUUAAUCAGCCACUACGGAUCGACUGAAACCGGCCAACUGAUGACAUCUUUGCGGCCUCGAGAAGAUAAAAGAUGGGAUUGGCUGCGACCGUCCGAAACUGUCAAGAAGUUCCUCAGGAUGGAAGAGCGGUUUCCGGGAGUUUAUGAGUCUGUUGUCCUGGAUGGCUGGCCCUCGAAGGUCAUGACAAACCGACCAGAUGGUGCUUACGCCACCAAGGACUUGUUCUUGAAACACCCCGAGAUGGAAGCAUACAAGUACUACUCACGACUAGACGACACGAUCACUCUUGUCAAUGGCGAGAAGGUAAUCCCGCUUGAUUUGGAGGGGCGAGUCAGGCAACUCAGCGUUGUUGCAGACGCUCUCGUUUUCGGUGUAGCCAAAUCGAGCAUUGGGUUGGCAGUUAUCCGUGGCCCAGAUGCAGCGUCAAUGACCGAUGAUCAGGUCAUUGAUGCCAUCUGGCCUGCUGUCGAAGAAGCGCACAAGUCAUUGCCAGCAUACGGCCAGUUAUCCAAGGGCAUGGUCCGAGUCCUCCCUGCCGAUAUACCCUAUGCUCGAACCGACAAGGGUACCGUCAUCCGCCAGGCUUUCUACCGCGAUUUCAGUGACUUGAUCGAGGCCUGUUACGAAGCUGACGACGCGAUGGCGGGAACUCUGCUUCUGUCAGAAGAAGAGCUGAAGGCGUUCCUUCGGAAAGAGCUUCCCGACAUUGUGCCAACCAGAAACCCCAGUGAUUUCACUGAUGAGGCUGAUUUCUUCGCCCUCGGAAUGGAUUCCUUACAGGCGACUCAGUUGAGAUCAUUGCUUGUAAAGUCAAUCGAUACAAAGGGCCAUAAGUUAGGGCUAAACGUUGCAUUUGAACAUCCGUCGAUUGGGUCUCUGGCUCAUUACUUAAAUUCACUCAGCUCUGGUACAACGCAGGCUGAGGUGUCUGUUGAGCAGCAGAUGGAAGCUUUGAUCUCAAAGUAUGGCGAUUUUGACAAACAUGUUCCCCGUCCGAAUGGUCUAAGCGGGAGAUAUAUUGUUGUUACUGGAGCUACAGGGUCCCUGGGCGCCCAUGUUGUCGCCAAAUUGGCAGCUCUUUCAGCCGUUCAGAAAGUUUACUGCUUUGUCCGUGCAACCUCUCCAAUCGAUGCCUACGGUCGUCUGCUUAGUUCGUUCCGCGCCAGGAGGGUUUAUGAUACAUUGGCUACUUCAGCUAAGAAGAAGCUGGUCGCUCUCCCAUCAGACCUUUCACAGCCAGAAUUGGGACUCGAUUCCAAUACAUAUAACACCCUCACAUCAGAACUUACGGAUGUUAUCCACUGCGCCUGGUCCGUCAACUUCAACCUCCACCUGAGCAGCUUCGAAAGAGACAACAUCGCCGGUCUGAAGAAUCUCGCAAACCUAUGCCUCAAAGUCCAAAGGCCAGCGCCAGCUACGUUAAACUUCUGCUCAUCUAUCAGCGCCGUUGCACGCACCGCCGAACCCUCAGUCCCUGAAGCCCUCCCUUCGAAACUCGAAUACGUUCAGGCCAUGGGCUACGCUCAAUCUAAACUCGUCGCCGAGCACCUCUGCAUAAGAGCCGCGCAGCAGACGGGCAUCCAAUCCCGCGUCCUCCGAAUCGGUCAGGUCAUCGGCGACACCGACCACGGCAUCUGGAACACAACCGAAGCCAUCCCGCUCAUGAUCCAAGCUGCCACUACCAUUGGCGCUCUCCCAAAGCUAGACGAGUACCACCGCUGGCUCCCUGUUAAUGCGGUCGCGGGGAUUAUUGCAGAUAUCUCGCUUUCUACAGAUCCUUUCAAAUAUGAUGCAAGUGCCACGGAGGCCCAGCCAAUUUUUAACAUCAUUAACUCCAACCCCUUCCACUGGACGAGGGAACUCCUUCCCCACCUCCGUGCCUCCGGUUUAGAGUUCGAGGAAAUCGAACAGCGAGCCUGGAUAAAGCGGUUGAGGGGGUCGAACCCGGACCCUGUUGCUAAUCCGCCCAUUAAGUUGGUUGAUUUCUUCGCGUCGAAGUAUGAUAAUGACAUCCCCAAGCGGGCCAUCGGCUGGGUGACUGAGAAGACAGCCGGGGCUUCCGGAACGUUUGUUGCUGAGGCGAGGAAAUUGGAUCUGGAUAUGGUGGAAAAGAUGAUCAAGUAUUUCAGGGGCCCUGAGGGAUGGGGGAAAUAA